AUGAGUACCAUCAUAUCCACAAGAUUCAAACUAAUAUCCGAAGGUUUAGAGAAUUCAUUAGGAAAUGAAGAAAUUGUAAAAUGCAUAUCAGCAGACACAGAGAUGCUGAGUCAUUUCUAUAACCAGAUUAGAGAAGAUUAUUAUAAGAUGGCGAUGAUAUGUAAGAAAAUGAACAGGCUGUUGUCAACUUUGAUAAUAAACAGCUAUGUGGGAAACAUAUGUUUCAUUCUACUUCAGCUUCUCAACAGCUUGCAGACAAUUGAAACGCCAAUAGGACGUUUCACUUUCUUGUAUUCACUUGGAUCUGUCAUCAUCAGGGUUGCUAUGGUGUCGAUUUAUGCGGCCUCAGUCAAUGAAGAAAGCAAACGUUUCCUCUUCAUACUCGCCAAUAUUCCUUCAAAUCUUUGGCACAAUGAGGUAGAAAGAAUGAUUGUCCAGAUAAAAUUUGACGCAGCAAUACUAGGUGGACAUGAUUUUUUCACGAUCACAAAAGGACUAGUUUUGAAGGUUGGCAUUGCAAUCAUAACAUAUGAACUAGUCCUGAUACAAUUCAACAGUCCUGUACUUUUCGAAGAAUCAUUGCCUCAAAAUAUCAGUGAGAGUAUGUUAGUAUCUUGAACAAAAACUUGUGUGAAAAUGUGUUUCCUACCUAUACAGGGUGUUAGUGAAAAGAUACGACAAACUUCAGGGGGUGAUUCUUCCUGAUAUUUUUGGAAAUAAUGUUCAUAUAAACAUGUGUCCUAACUUCGUUUUUGAGAUACAGGGUGUACUCCUGUAUAGGUUUUGAUGAUGCCUAAUUGCAGCAUGAUUGUAGACUGACGAACUCUCAAAAUUUCAAAAUCUUUCUAAUUGAGGUUAUUGAGUAAUCUUGAGAGCACCUACAGAAAAAUUUGGAGUCAAAUCGAAUUUUAAUAUUGUUUCCUCAAAAACUAAGUGAGAUACAAAACUAACACUCACAAUAAAAAUAUGGAACUCAAAAAAACCUGUGGCGUACGAUGAUAUUCACCAAGAAUAUCGAUAAAUCAAACCACUGUGACGUCACUGUGAAUAUUAUUUUGAAUC